AUGAACUCAUUUUCCAAAUGGAAACAGAUGCUCUUUGGGCUUGGGACAAGUCCCAAAUUGGCUGAUGGAUGGCACAAGAAUGUUAUUGAAUCCAUUGACUUUGCACCAACUGAUUUGGAACCUAAUGUAUUCUUCCACAAAAAGCACAACCUGACAAUCUCGAGCUACAGUGAUGAUCAGGUCUGGCACGGUGCCGAUGGAACUUUGAUUCCAGACAAUCUAGCCAAGUUGAGGAGAGCCAAAGCUUACCCUACAGAUCCACUUGUGGCUCCAGCAACAGCGAUUGUCACGGAUGAAGCCCCUACUCAUAAUAUUGCUGACCCAGCUUCAACGAAUCAUCUGAGCUGGCCAUUGGCUCUGCUAUCAACAGAGAAAGGGGUUUUCAUAGUAGGGAAGUUACUUGGGGUAGGAGCUAUUGUGAGAACAGCAAGCUUCAAGGCAGAUCAUGAUCUCCUUGGCGAUCUUGGUGGAUUUCCUGACUGCGAGAAUGGUCCACUGCUGAACUACCUUGAUGAACGUGACAAAACCAUGAUCAUUGCGGUCAUUCAUGGUAGCCACCAUGUCUCUCAAUCAGCCAAUGCUGUCGAGCAGUAA